AUCGGGCUGAGCAACAAUCUCAUGCCGUGAGACACUGGAUCGCGCGCGACGUUUCCUGAGCCACUGGGAUCGUAAAUGACCGCCGGUGAGAUGCAGGUCGAAUUUCGAGGGAAUCGCUUUCCCUGAUGUUGUCGGUAAGUACAGAAUCAUUGGCCGCGGUGUCGUAUUGGUCUCCGGACUGCCGUUUCGGGGCAUCAUCAGAGACCAGUCCCCGAACGAGUCGGCCGGUUGUCGUAAAUUGCCUAAUCAGGCUCACGGCGCACGGAUAAGGUUCCAGUCUCUUCGGCGUACACCAUCCCUCAAGCCACCACUGUUACAACCCAAGCCUGCGACGACAGUCAACCCAUCAUGGCCGACAUCGCAGCACCUCCAGUAGCCCCCGACGCCAUGCAGGGCCUCAUCGCCGCCCCCGCGCCCGUCCCGGGCACCAUUGCCGUCCCGCCUACUGAAGACCCCGCUGCCCCCGCACCCUCAGCAGAGCCGGAGUUCAUCUCGGAGACGCUGUACAUCCAAAACCUCAACGAGAAGAUCAAGGUGCCCGUUCUCAAGGCGUCCCUGCGCGGCCUCUUCAAGGCGUACGGAGAGGUUCUGGACGUAGUGGCGCAUAGCAACCUGCGCAUGCGCGGGCAGGCGUUCGUAUCAUUCGAGUCGGCGGAGAUCGCGCAGAAGGCGUUAAAGGAGGUGCGCGGCUUCCCGUUGUACUCAAAACCGAUGCAAAUAUCAUUCGCGAGGACACGAUCGGAUGCUGUGGUGAAGAGAACAGAUGCUGCACGCUUCGAGGAACACAAGAAGCGGAGGCUGGAGCAGAAGAAGGCCACUCGGUACACCAACCCCUUGAAGCGGAAGUACAAGGCACGCAAACUGGCGAUGGAGGUCGACGGAACGGGCGCCGUUCCCGUGUCCAAGCGGCCAAACGUCCAGAUGCCGGACGAGUACCUUCCUCCAAACAAGAUUCUCUUCCUGCAGAACCUGCCCGAGAGCGUCACCAAGGAUCAGCUCAUGGCCCUCUUCUCACAAUACCCGAACCUGCACGAAGUGCGUCUCAUCCCAACGAAGAAGGACAUCGCCUUCGUGGAGUACAUGGACGAAGGCAGCGCGACGAUGGCGAAGGACGCGCUGCACAAUUACAAGCUCGACGGCGAAAACAAAAUCAAGAUUACGUUCGCGAGGAAGUGAACGGCCGAUCGCGCGCCCUUCGUGUUUUACCUACCGCUUAUUGUAUGCGAGGUCAUCUUGUUGCCAACCAUACGCU